GGUGAUUCGAACGUGGCAUCUGCAUCUCGCAGUCGAGCAAGCAAUUUGGAAGUUCUGGAAAGAGCCUUAAUUUUCAUGUCCACGUUUAUUGCAAGAAAAUAAUAAAAAGAAGCUUUUAAGCAAGCUCGAAGAUGAUGGACGACGAGGAAGCUUUGAAGGAGAGCGUAUCUAACCUGAGAUCAGCAAUUCUUCUCAGACGAACAGACAUCAUUCGCAGUAUCCUUUCGACCGCCGCAGAGUGUAAGGGCAGAAAUGUUUUUGUUGUUUUGGUAGAAUUCUCUCAGGCACACCUGCUCACUUCGUCCGUUUUGGUACAGAAAGCGGCAGUUUGUUCCUUCCUUCAAAAGGGCAUACAAACAGCUGAGUGAGAGUGAAAUCUUUCUUUUCAUACAUAACAUUUAUGAACUUCACUUCAGUAGCGUUAACAACAGGUGUUACACGCUGUUAAGCCGUUAUUUUAUCAUUAAGUUUGUUUUUUAGUUAUUGGGUCCUUUCUACCUAGCACUUACAUUCUAGAUUGACAAGUUACUUUUUAUACCGGUUUCUGGGUACGUCUCGAAAACGAUUUUAAUUCACUUAACAACGUGCCUUAAUUUGAACGGUCACGCACUGUUGGGCAACAAGACUACAGACACUUUCACUGUGUAUUCAAAUUAAGUUUGAUAACUGCUCGAUCAUAGCUUCAAGUUAGAUUUGCGCCAUUGAAAUCCUAUCUUCCUUUCUGGUUUUCUUUGAUUUACUUUUUUAAAUUCAUUUGCAUGCACUAGGAUUGUGCGUAAUUCCAGCUUUAAUUUGUUUUUUUUUUGUUGUUGUUGUUUAAUAUUCACCAAGUUAAAAUAACCAAAAUUGUACCAGACUAAGAGAUAAUUUUUUAUUCACUUUCUAUGGGGCAGGGCUGGCUGAUUUUAUGGAGUGGCAUACUUUGCCGAUGCGACUUUCAUCUUGAAUUACAUAUUUGUAAAAGCCAGCCAGCUGGAGCUACCUUUUUUCUGAUGAAGGGACUGGAAGCAAGGGGCAUACAUGUGUAUGUAGUAUGUCAUCCACUGUCCUGUUGCUGGAGCAGAUUGCUGGGCUAGCUCUGGGGAGCAUGAUUACAUGGAAAACUUCCAGCCUGGCUCGCCAGGAUUGUGACAUCAUGAUACCAGAACCCUGGGCUGUCUGCUUUAUUGCAAUACAUUUACAUUGAAGUGAUAACUAUAAAGCAAAAGAAGGGGAAAAAAAUCAAUGAUUAUUUUUUCGCAUAGAGAUCUUAAAGACAAGAUCUUGGCAAAUCAAGUCAGCCAAGCUCAUGAAUGCUAUCUAGUGGUUUUAACAAUGUCACCUUUAUUCGACUUAUUGUUUUGAGCAGACAGGGAAGAAGACGGGCUCUUUGCUGAUGAUGAUGAGGAAGAGGAGGCCCAGCUUGGUGUUCCAAAGCAGUUUUAUUAUGAUGAAUAUGAUGACCCUUAUGACAUCCUGAAAAUGAUGAUGAACUAUGUUGAUAAUGAUGCAGGAACUUGUCUUCAUCUUGCUACCAAAGUAAGUUGAUAAAGACUCCAUCCAGAGCCAACAGUUUCAAAGUUACAGAGCUGCAUAUUUGCUUUGCAUAAAGCUUCCUCUUAAUUCCUUGGAUCCAGUGAAGUUAAGCAAGUAUAAUUUUCAAUAAUAGUUUUUGAUUAAAACAUUAUAAAGAUGAGUGUUCUUGCCAGGCCAUGGCCGUUUAGGGUUCCCACCUUUUGUAAAGUUAGCAGGGCUCAAAAACCUUCCCAUCUGAUCAUCUGAGACGAGUAUAAUAUGUUCUUGCCAAUCAAAGUAACUUCUAAAGUUCACUUGCCUUAUGCCUGGGUAAGGCCGUAGGCAAGUCAUCUUGUAACAGAGUCAUUAUCUAUGUCAAACAAUCUGAGUUGACCCCAGGAAAGCAAAAUGUUAGAGCUGCUUGUACAAAGGACUAGACAGAAUUCAAGUUAAAAAAAAAACCAGGAGUUGGAAAUAUUCUGCCCCCUCCCUUGAAAUUGGCAUCCUAUUACACCCUUAACGCUAUACCUUCCCAUAAUGGCCACCUUUCUACAAUGAGCUGUUAUAUGUACUUCAGUCUAUCCCAAAGGGGUGAUCUCCGAGGGAUCUCUAUCCUUAAGGGAUCCAUCCGUAAAGGGUCCAUCCACAAGGGGUCCAUCCCCAAGGGGGUCCAUCCACAAAGAAUCUAUCCCAAAGGGAUCUAUCCCCAGGGGGUCCAUCCACAAGGGGUCUAUUCCCAAGGGCUCCAUCCACAAGGAAUCUAUCCCCCAGGGGUACAUCCCCAAGGGGUCUAUCCCCAAGGGAUCUAUCCCCAAGGGGUCCAUCACCAAGGUGGCCAUUGUAGGGAAUUAGACUGUUCACAGUCCUCUAUUUUUCCGUAAGAUCAUCGAGAUCGAGAGCUUUGCGUUACGGGCUGCCAUCUUGCAUGAGUGUCAAAACUACUUAGGGGGCGGGGGUGGUUUGGGAGGAAGCGAGAAAAAUAGAGGGACUGUAAUAACACCACUACAGCUCGCGUUCAGGGGGCAUGACAGGAAUUUUAUGCCUUUUAAAAGAAACUCCUCUGGUGAUGAAAAACAUGCCAGACACAUUUAGUAUCGAUUACACAUGUUUACAAAUAUCUCCUUGAGAACCAGUGAUUUUAUAAUGUUUCUGGGCCAUUCCUUGAAAUAAAAUCGGCAAACAUGCACAAGAAAACAUUUUCCUAAUCAAAAUACCACAAAUCCUUCGUGUGUUUGCGCAAGAUGUGCCUUAUGGUAUGAAAGCGUACGUUUUAUGGAAACGUCGACUUGUCAAUGUUGGCAACUUAGAUUAAACCUGUUGUCAACGCAGAUUAACAUCUAUUGUCUAAUGACCAAUCAAACGCCUGCGUUGCUGGUACAACGCGCUCCGUGAACAGAAGCUGCAGUGAUGUUAUUACAGUCCCUCUAUUUUUCAAGAUACCUGUGACGGUAAGACGGGGUAUCUAAACGAUCUCACGAAAAUAGGUGACUGUGAACAGUCUAUAGUAAAUUUCAACUGUAAAAUAUAUAACCAAGUCAUGUGGGAUUACAUGAGGUCACAUUUUGCAGUGGUCGUUACAUUGCAUUAAUUUAUGGGAAAGAACACAUCAAGCCAUAACUUCUGAUCUUAUGUGAUGGUACUAUUUCACACACAGAAUGAUCUUUAAUCCCAUCUCAUAACACCAUAAUUAUAUAUAUUAAAUUUUUAUAAUAACAGGAUUUCACAGGACUUAACCUAAAAGUCAGAUCUGUUCACACUUAUCUGGGAGAAGAUGAACUUUCUUUAAAAAACUUGUUGUUGUGAGGCAUUUUCUGGCAAAUAGUUCAUGUGAUCUGUGAAUAUUUUAUUAUUGUGUUUGUGGAUCCGACACAUACAUGAUCUGUAGCAGGUGGUUUUUCCCCUUUUUUGUGUUUGUAAUUUGGAACCCAUACUUUAUGUAUCUUGUUAAUGAAAGUAGUGAUUGUGAAUUUCAACUGCUUUUAGGUGUUUUGUUAUUAUAAUUAUAAUGUUUUUGAAUACACAGCCACUUCACACACUUCACCGGGUCACAACAUUAACAUUCAAAUCCUGUACUGUGGUAUCAAAGCUUAAUUAAUGGAGGACACUGAAUUGACAUUUAAAGCAGGUAAAGACUGCCAAGCUUAUGAUGCUAAGUAAUAAGUAAAUUUGUUUGGUUUACUAUAGCUUGGUUAUGCAGAUGCUGUAAGGGCAUUGUUGGCUGCUGGAUCAGAUCCCACCAUUGUAAACAAUGAAGGAGCUACAUCAUUUGACUACUGCACAGACAAAGCUAUCAUAGGUGUUUAUAAUGAAGAACUUCUGCAGGCUUCUGCCAACUCAAAGUAAGUUCUGACCGUCCAGUAGUAAUGUACAGUAAAAUUAAUAUCAUAAGAUUUCAUAACUUGACAACAGGUUUUUAGCUUAUAACUCUCAGCAUGCGUGAUUAAUUAGUGUCCUCUUGAUGGAUAAGAAACAGAUAAUAACUAAAACUGAACAUGUUUUUAAUCUUGUACAAGUUUCACUGAAGGUAUGUUGAAGAACAAAUACAUGGGUUUUCACUUUGGUAACAUUUUUGGUGAUCUAAAAAUUUUCAAACCAGUUUUAUUUUUGUCCCUUUUGUGUGGUAUAAACCGACCAUAUGGUAAUUAGAAUGCACCUGAGGUGAAAGGAAAAUUAAACCGUAGAAGACAUAAAAUCUAUAAACAUGCUUUUAGCUUUUUAUUCAUAUUUGAAAUGCUAAAACUAGUGAGGGAGAGUCCAAUAAUGUAUAGUACUUGAAGUUAAUAAGGUAUUGUGAUAUUGAUUUAUUUUAACAUUGUCAAGUGAUUUAGUGUUAUAAAAGGUGUUCAAUUACACCGACAAUAAAGUUUAUUCUUGAAUUAACAGUGAAUUGAAUAAGAUUUUAUUGUAUUAACUAAGUAAUAUGAAGUCUGUACUUAAAUUUUCCCUUCAGUUAAGGUUUAUUCUGACAUCUUCAUCCCUCGGUCAAAAUAUGCAGAGAAAUUAUUUUGCUUCCUGUAUGCUUGCUGAUGCUUGCAAAAAUUUAUCUUAAAAUUAAUUGUCUGCACUGCUAUCUAUCCUAUAUAAUAUUACUACACAACAUCAUUUUGAGGAGAUAUCUUUUUCCUUUUUUUGUUUGGAGACCUGUUACAAGUUAAUACUCUUUUGAUGUUGUUAAUGUACAUGUAUAGACUAGUAAAUAUAACGAAAUCCCAAAAAUCUGUUGUGCUUUCAAUUUGCAUUUCUGGAAAGGUCUCUGUUUUGCCCUUGACUGAAUACCACUGCCGUUAACAUGCAAAUGGAGUUACACUGAAUGCAUUUUAAAUCAUCAACUGAUGUGUAACUUCAGUUAGUUCAGUAGCAGAUACCAUCUAAUUUUAUUAUAUAUAAUUGUAUCUGAGUAUGUACAUGUAGUGGAUCAAUGUCUUUAUCUACAUGACUUUAACUUGAAUACGAGAGACUGUUAAGUUGCUAAUUUAAUAGGCAAAUACAAAACAAACAUAAUUUAUUCUUUGCACAAUAUUUUCAGUCAACCCAAGUCAAGCCUACUCCCCAAGAUUACAUUAAUGAAUUUAUUAUUCAAAAGUUGAAUCCGUUGGUAGUUGUAGAUUUCAGAUUCAUGUCUGCAUUCUUGCAUGCGUAAUGAGCCGUGAAUUCACACGCAAUUCAGUUACGAAAUUUCUACCAGCUAAGUUUCCCUGAAUGUGAUGUAAAUGUCUUCUAUGAAAUUUAACCCAUUUAAAGAUUUUCAAUCUGACCAAAUACAGAGAAGUUCUCGUAAAAUAUUCACUGCUCAGUACGCAUGCUUGAAUGCCGAUUUGAAUUUAACACUAGUUACCGGAACGACUAACGGAUUCAUUUUUCAAAUAAUAAAUUCAUUAAUAGAAUCUUAGCGGGUAUACUUGACCUGCCUUGACUGCAAGCAAAUUCAUAAAAAUUUACUACCACAGGGAGGCUGGAGGUGGUUGUGUAGUAGUGACUCCUUCUCGGGGAUUUGUCACUAUUUCAUCUGUCCUAUGUCCCUGUUUCAAGGCCAUGCCUCAGUACAAAUGUAGUGGUGUGGCAGUCAUCAUUUUUAUGUAUUUGAUGUUUUUUAGUGUUCCCAGAGUACGCAAACUACUGAAGGCAGGAGUUAACGUUAAUGCCAGUGAUGGUGCCACAAGUGAUAACAAAGCUCUUCACUGGGCUGUCAGUUAUGGAAAUGCUGACAUUGUCAAACUUCUCUGUGGUAGGUUUAUAUUUUAUAUCUUUCAGAACGUCUUCUCUCCAUGUCUAAAACUUGUUCUUGUUUAGGCUUGAGUUUAACUGUUUUCAGCUUAAAAAUUAAAAACUGUUCACAGAUGAAUGAUGUACUCCGCGAAAUUAACACAUCCAGAUGUCCCUUCAAUACUGCAGUAAUAGUAAUGAACUAACAUUAUUUACUGGUUAUCACAGGUCUUUUCUUUGAUUUGGUUCUGCAUUUUCAGAACAUGAAGCCAAGGUGAAUGUAACCAAUAAAGCUGGGGUAACACCAUUGCAUGAUGCUGUCACCAGAGGAGACCUAGAUAUCGUUAAAAUACUCUUGCAGUAUGGAGCUAAAUACGAUAUCAAGGCAACUGAAGGGUAUGUUGCAUAAUUACUUGUGUGCCCUGUGAAAUUCUCCCGUGUAAACCUGUGGAGAGAUCUUCAUCACUUUGCCAAAAACCUACAAUCAGACCCUUCUGUUCAGCACCAUGUGUACUGCUGGGUUAAAGUAGACUCGAAUCUCUGUGAAGUUAAGUCUGUGUGUAAUCCAUGUCUUAUAAUGGAUUAUCAAUAAAGACCAAGCUGUUUAUGUAUAUGAGGUCCAAAGAUGGAGGGUAUUCCUACCAAAAUACUGAGUCAAGGCAUCUUAAAACAAUGCCAUUUUGCAGAUGCCUUAUAUAUAUAACCACAAAGUACAUGUACAAGUAGCAUGUAAGAAAUUUAUCCUAUUGUUGCAGGAAAGAGCAUCUUCUGCCGCUCUGUUUAUUUUUCUGUUUGUUUGAUUUCUGUUUUUAUCUUUUAAGUGCACAGCAGCUCACCCAGGUCUGACUUUUCAAAUUUUUCUCUCUUGUCCACAUUAGAGCACACAAGGAUCAAACAGCAUUAGACUUAGUAAACUCUGAAGAAAUGAGGCAGCUGCUCACAUCACCUGUUAUAAAAGAAGCUGAGCCUGUCGCAAAUGGUGAUUCAACAAUCAAUGAUCAAACUACAGACUCAGGUAUAUCGUCUCAGUCACUCUUCAAAAGAUAGCAACUUCCUUGUAACAACUGUCCUCAAAACAACAAUGGAUUGUUUGAAGUAGUAUAUGGCACACUGUGAGCCUGUGAGCAAGCUCUCCGGGGUGCUGUACCGGCAGGGCAAUUUACCCCUGGUAGUCCAAGGAGAGCUUGCUCGCAGGCUACACCAAAUUGACAUUUUUUGUGGAUUUAAUUUAAACUCUUGUGUGGAAUAAAUCGACAUAAAUGUUGUCAGGGAAAGGUAUCUCAUUACGAUAACAUCAUGUUCAUGUUGUGCCUAGCAUAACCGGUUUGACAGGUUUUAAGUUAUAUUUGGAUUGAUUAUGUCAUUGUUUUUGAUUGGGGACUGAAAUAAGAAAGGUGUCUGUUGAUUAUGUGGUUUUCACAUGACUGUUUCAGGGAAGCGUAAAGCCAUUAAUGACAAAAAUUCACUGCAGAACCUGAACUUACAGUAGUGUGCUCUACAGACAUUACUUUUUUUGCGUUUUUCAUGGAAGCAAAGGGAAGUGUGACGAGGGCAUGGAGCGUGAGACGCAUUGCAUUACUGUAAGAGAUUGAUAAGCUGAUGUUUUAAGUGCUUGCCCUUUAUUGCUCUGAUGAAAGAGUAUUUCAAGUGUCAGCUUGUCUGUCUUUCUUAUAGUAGAAAAUUGGCUCAAGCAACUUAUUUGAAAAACAAACUAAGACAGUCUAAAUUUAUAUUUCACUCCACUAACGAUCAUCAUUUUUUUACAAUAGUUUUUCUUCAUAAACUAUGCAUUACCCAGUCACAGAUGUCAUCAGAAAAAUUUAAUACCUUUUUUACUUGCAUUUCUCAUCCUUUUAGUCCACUGUUGCCCCACAAAUAUAAUUAUAGACUUGAUGUGCAUCUGAUUUAAUUCUCGUUCUUUACAUCCGCUACGAGGCAAUCAAGCCAACAAUACUCAUGGCUUUCAGAGUGGCCGAACAUGUUGGUUCUAUGACAGAUGCUAACAGAAAAUCUCUCCCUUGAUUUCUACAACAGAAUCAGUUCCUUCUGAAACCAGCACUCCUUCAUCCACCGUACUCCGUAACACAACUCUUCCCUCCCCUCCCUUGUCCUUAUCAUCUCAGCUGCAGUUGCUAUCAGGAAUGUCCCCACCGGCAAACAGUGAAUCUCUGGAUUCAACAUUUCUUCAGUUGUGGCCAUAUCCUCAACAGAUCACACAGAUUAAGGGCACCAGAUUUUUUCCUACAGCGUCACUGCCAGUUGUGUUGUUCAGAGGACUGCAAACAGGUACAUUGUAUAUCGCAAUAUAUUGUGGGUAAAAUCAACAUCCCACUCGCAGCCCUCCUUUUGGAACCUCUCGUAGUCACCCACUUUGGAUCAAUUUAAGUUUCUGGGAAACUGUCCACCUACCCCUCCCUUAAGCCAUAAUUUUGCGCUAAGUGAGAAGUAAUUGUUAAUGUUAUCUUAGGGGAGGGGUAGGUGGGCAGUUUCCCAAAAACCUUGAUUGAUCCCCCACUUCCUUUGAAGGGGUUCCGUCAGACUAUUUGAUAUAUUUUUUAAAAAGAUAAAACUUUUCUUCGGGUAAAAUGAAUUCCAAAAAUAGUGGUUUAGGUUUGUUAUUCAAGACUAUAUUUAGGUACUGAAACUGUUUCCUGUCGUCUGGUGCAGAAGAUAGCAAGGAUGGACAUGGAUUGAAACUUGAAAAAGUUGAGCCUACUCGGAAAUACCCCAUAAGGCUUGGUUCUCUUAAGCGACCACCUUCCAUACGUGGCCACUUAAUCUUCGCAUUUUUGGUGCUCUUUUACGUUGAAGUUAUAGAAAGUUUGAUUUCAGUUUCUGUUCAAGUCAGUCUUGACGUUCAGCCCAGUCAAACUACUGCUCCUGUUAGCUCUGUUGCUGCCUCCUGCAAAAGCUUAUUUUUGUGAUUUUGUGGUUGUGCCUGAAAAGAAAAUAAUAACAUCCGUUAAAUGUAUAGUAACAUUCAUUUACUAGUUCUAUAAUUGUCCUUCUUGAAACCAGAUUAUUUCCAAGAAGCUUGUGAGAUGUGGAACACUUUAGAAGAAAGCUUUGAACAAGUUGGCCACACCCUAGAACUCACUGUUGUAGGAGAAGGUAACAUUAACUUAAAAGACUCCAAGAUUUCAUAAAAAAAUGUUGCAAUUCUCUGACUGCUCUUAAAGACUUGCAGUGAGUACAGAAACAACCCUAUGGAAACACCGCUUGGACAAAGAACUUAUGCUUUUAAUGUUACUAUUAGUUUUUUUUCCAUUUAAGUAAUUUUUCUUUGGUGAAGGAAUUUUCUGGUGGCUGAAUUUAAUUCUUUUUUCACUUGCUGUAUAGCGGUGUUCAUUUUUUCGGCUCAAGUUUCUACUCCUAGUAAUAUGCAAGUUGUUGAUAUCACUAAGUCAGGACUGCGUUUUCUUGUUUUUUCUUUACAGAUUUUGAGCGAGGAGGUAGUGUUGUGGGCAGUAUAGAAUGUCACAUUUGUCCAAACUCGUUUAGCCGAUCAGAGAGUUAUAGAAUCAGUAUUUCAACCGUGAAGGUAAACACUACACGCCUCUUUUACUGUCAAUGUGAAAAUUGUCCUAAAAAGGUGAAUGCGGGUUUGAUUCCUGGGGCCGGUCCAAUACUCUUAAAAUAACCGACUGAGAAAUGAAGGUACUUCUCAGACACCACUGGUAGCCAUUCCAAGCCGACCGCCGCAGCCUGACCUUUAUUUUAAACUCAAAAAAUGCAUACAUAUCAUAACCUUAGAAAGGUAGGACGACAACAAAACUACAAAGUUGCACCGUGCAUUUAACAGCAUACAAAACUGAAAUCUUAUAGUGGGUGGGUUGGAAGGUCAGUCAUGGCGGACGCAACAAAAGCAACUGCCCGCUCUUCAGUCACAUGACCUACACCCAGGCUCCCAGCGGUGUGUGAGAAAAACAUUUUCCACUUAAUUCGUUACUCUCAGCCAGUGGAAAAUUACCCCUCCUUUGCCCUGCAAAUGGCUAGAUCUUUGAGUGGCUCGGAUGAUUAGGUAAAAUGACGGUCUCGUCAAAAAUAGUAUCCUAUGCUAGUAUUUCCGAGCUUAACACAUUGACUAUCAAAUAAAGUACCUUUUUAGUAAGCUUCCCGUUUUCAUCGCCGCCAAAGACGGCACUCACCGUCCCUCCUUUUAACAGGCUGGCUACCUUGACGCAAGGUUGAUUCCCUCCUCCUCAUAGUCUCCCCUCUCCCCUUACCCCACCCUUGAGAUAAGCGAAAAUGCUUCGACGACGGCAGCCAGUACAAUGGACUGUUGUCUUUGAUUUUACUUUCUUUGAAAACAGCCUCCGUUGCAAAAGUUCAUUUGCGAAGUGAGAGUGAAUGCUGGAGCGAGACCAAAAGUACGCUCAUGGCUUACUUUGAAUUCUUUAUUUAUCGCGUUUUAAAAUUAAUAUAGAAAUUGGAAUUUGAUUUCGAAUUGGAAAUAAUCGACUGCCGAACCAACAAUAGGUUGAACUGUGCGCAAAUUACCAAGGCUAUUGACUAUUUUCGAAUCCCCCAUAAUACACUCUGUCUGCCCCCCAAAUUUUGCAUAACUUAUUGUCUUAAAAUGCUCUUGGGAAAAUGCAAUACUCCCAGGAGCAUUUAAAAACAAUGGUUUAUGCAGAAUUUGGGGGGCAAACAGAGUGUAUUAUGGGAAAUUCGAAAAUAGAGAAUGAAUGGACCCUUUAUUUGCUUUGAAAGAAAGUUGAAUGGUUCGUGUUUUGCAAAACCAAAUAAAAAAAUUAAGCAGUUAUAUUUUGUGGAACAUGACAGAUCGUUGGUUUGAUUAUUUUUUCUUUGUAUAAAACAGGUUGUUUUAACAGCUUGUGACUUAGCAGGCUUGUGGUAUGCUGUUAACACAUUACUACAGAUCGUAAGGCUAUUUCAUGGCACGGGAAUUCCGCAGGUCCAGGUAAGUUUUAUCAAAUGACCCUUAAAAUCAUCAUUCAUAUUAUGUGGGCAAGGCGCAUUGAAGCAAAUAGUGUAGAACUGACGGAAUAAAGGAGACAGAUUUAUUAUUCAUCUGUUUAUUCAUUUAUAAUUAAUUGUUAGGUCCUUUCAUUGUAUUAAAUUAUGACUGAGACGAAGGGGAUUGACUUGGUGUGUUCGUUUUUGUUUGUUUUUUAUUAAGUCUAUAUAAUGUUUCUGUUGUUUGAUUGUCGUUGGUUUUGGUCGGCAAAGCCCAUUAAUAGAUGUUUCCUCUUCCUUUUCAGAUAAGCGACUGGCCAGACUUGAAAUACAGAGGAGUGUUAUGGGAUGUGUCCACAGGGCGUGUUCCUACCUUGGUACGUCAACGGACCAAGUUUCGUAAUAUUUUCUACAUUAACGGGCAACGCAUGCUUGCAUUAAAAAUCUUCAUUCAUCCUCACUCGUAAAAUCAAAAAUCGGAUCUCUCAAACCAUUUUCGAAAUAGCAUCACGUUUAUCAAGACGCGUAAAUGCGUACACAGCUUCUUCCUCUAGAAAAUCCAAGAAAGAAAGAAUAAUAUACAAUAUUUUUAACGUUCUUUUUUUUUAUUUCUAAUAUACCACCUCAGGAGACAUUGUUUUCUAUGAUCGACAUUUUGUCCUCCAUGAAGAUCAACCAGCUACAGCUGUACAUGCAGAAUACCUUUGCAUUUUCCGGACACGAAACCGUGUGGAGAAACACAACACCCUACAGUCCUAGGUAUGAUAACAUUGGAAGUUUCGAGUCGAGAAAAUAGACAAAUUCAGCAAAACAGCGUAAUUUUAUUGAUUGCAAAACGUAAGCGCACGAAAUGGUCUGAAUUCAAGUUUAUACUGAGUCGUGGUUACAAACACGUCAGAAAAAAUUAAUUCUCACGCUGUUUAUCGUAGCCUGAGAAAAAAGCCGAUAUUUUGCAACGUCACCACUGGUUUCUCGCGGAACGAGCGCAGAAAUUCCAAACUGAUGACGUGUUACCAUCGAACUCUGGGUAAUGCUUCUGAUUGGUUGAUUGGUUUGUACGUGGGAAGGCUAUUUCCGAGUGGCACCAAGCCUCAGUUUCAAAGCGAGGCGAAGUGUGAAACUCAUUUUCACAAGAGAGGUUUUGCACAUAGCCUCGGUUUGAAAGAGAGAGAGUUUUUGGAAAUCGAAAGUGGCCUAUUGGUGUAAACAAAACAACAAAUCUGCACGUGGAGCACGCGUUUUUACACUUUUUACCGUCAUCGCUUGGUUGCGACGCGACUCGUUUCCUGGAGGACGUAAACACAAAACGACAGUUUCCUUUCUCUUUUUCUCAACUAGGACACGGUCGUCAAGAAUUUAAUUCGAGGAAAAUUCGCCAACAUUUUGAAACAGCACGAAGUCACAUUUCAGGUGGCGUUUUCGCUGGCGUCUUCGUCGUGGUUGCUUAAGCUGCCUAUUGUCUUCGUCCGGUGCGCGCGUUCGGGACCUGAGACAUUUAUUGCGUCAACUUAGCCGUAAUAUCAGAAGAUCCAAGAUCGUGCGCUCCCACUCCGCCCUUUUUUGGCGAGGUGGUGAAUGCAAGCGAUCUCGAAUCGUCUGAGAAUCAGUGGCGACAGCUUCAUGAGGUUUUCGUCAUAGUUUGAUUUUCACAGGAAUCAUUCACAGUGCAAUGCGUUACCUAUCCACUCGACGUUGCGUUAUCAAAGUAGUUCUGUCUGCGUGGGAGGUUACACACACCAGUGGUAUUAACCAGCAUUUUUUAUUUUUUUCAGCGACAUCAUGAAAAUAGACAGAUACUGUAAAAAGAGAUACAUUGAGCUGGUACCGCACAUUGAAAGUUUGUCUGGAUUCAGUCAGUGGUAAGAGAAGAUACUCGUGCAAGUAAUCACCGCUCAUUAUACUGCUGUGGGAAUGACUAUAAUCUGUUGAACGUCUGUGAUUAUUUGGGUGGGCAACAUUCAUGUAGGCAAUAAUUGGUGAAUGGUUGCCUUUGGAAACCAUCAACCAAUCAUUUAUUCAUUUACUUAGGCUCGCCAACUCUUGGCAGGGACACCGAAACAGCAUGCGGCACUGGCACCAAUUACUGCGGGUCCGUAACAGCGCCCCCCCCCCCCCCCCACAUGAGAAAUAGACCACCACACCAGGGAGUGCGUCACCUACUCUUUGCGAACAUGGUGUGGGUUCUUUUACGCCCGACAGAAUUUAUAUGUGCAAUAGUUGUGAGACCGGGCCUGCGGUUUUUCUUCGUUAUCCGAGAAGACUAACCGUUUACAAAAGUCUUUGCAAAGGAAGCACUUUCACCUCAGUAAUUUAAAGACCUUGAGUGUUGGUCCGUUCGGGGCUUGAACCAGCGACAUGUCGCUCGGCAGACCGUUGCUUAUCCAAUGGCCCUUAUGCAGGAUUACGUCAGACGAGCAAAUUUCAAUACCAAGCCUCGUUUGUAAGCGAAAUUCUUCGCUUUUGCACUCUUGGUGUUCUUGUUUUUCAACUCUACUCCCUUGGGAAUUCAUUUAUGCAAAACGUCGCGACUUUACAAUUUCAAAAUUGGGAGGCGGUUAUUAUAACUAACUUUUGUCCACAUUAACUAUCUCAGAAAUCGUGGCGUGUAAUGUUUCCACCCAUUCCCUCCAUUUUGAUUCCAGCCGCCCUUGAACUUUUGUUUUUACUCAAUGCUCCUGACCAAUAUUAAUGGGUACUUUUUUCUUCAGGUUAAAAUUCAAGUCAUACAAGCACUUAGCCGAAGAAGCUGUUGUAUACGACCCACAGGAAGAAAGGUACAAAGUAUACUGUUAAAACAAAAGGUUUCAUUGCAGAAGCAAUCUGCAAUUCACGGAAAGUGUUAUUGAAUUUAACCUACCCUGUUUGAAUAUUUCAUAAAUGAAAAUUCAGGAUACAUCAAUGUGGAAAAUUAUCAAGCGCCAAUUCAAGCGCCUGGCUUUUCCAGAAAUAUAAUGAUCGUGAUAUUGCGGAAUGAGUGCAAUACUUCGUUUUUCGUUACACGUCUGUUUUUUGUCACAAGUUGCUGCUAAUGUUUCUUUUAAAAAGUGAAACAAGUCCAGACGCAACGUAAUUAUUUAUAGUGGAUUCAUCUUCCCAUGUGCUUUCAACUAAAUUUCCAGGAAAAUACUCUUUUAGCCCUGUUAAUUCCUGUUUAUCUUGUAUGUUCAACAGACAGCCAUCCUGUCUCUGUCCAUCAGACGAUGAAAGCAUCAAACUAGUCCAAGAUCUCCAUUCAAAAGCCUUCCCUUGCUUUUCAUCGGCAAGGUAAGCAUGUGGAAUCUGGAUGUCUGUUUUGUGCCGAAAAAGUCAGAGAACAAAGCUCAUAUAAUUGUAUCGUUACGUUUUUUCCAGGUUCGUUCAUGUUGGUUUAGACUUGGCGCCGGAAUUUGGUAAAGGGAAGUCACAUUCUGUAACAGAGGUACUUUAGCUGAGUUUUGGUUUUUGGUUUCUUUGAAUGUGAGUCAUUACGGAGUUUAAGAGCCAUUUUCUGAGAAAAUCGAGAAUCGCAAGACACUCGUCAAAAAAUCGAAUUUUUUUUUAUUUUGCCAAAACAUCCCUUUUAGUGACCUUAUUUAAGGAAAAAUAGUUUUGGGUCCAAACGAUUCAUUUUAAAGGAGAAAUUAAAAAAAAGUUUGAAAAAUCGAUUUUAUUCCUGUUUUUCGAACAAAACAAGGCAGGAUGCAAUGGCAACUUCGAGAGAAGGGUGAACGCGUAAGAAACAUUCCCUGACACUGAAACUUCACCGAAUUAUUAUUUUGUUCUUACUCUUGAAAACCUUAAAAGAAAAUUUGAAAAACAAUGUCUUAUAUUUUUAUAAUCGACAAGUCUAAAGAGGUCAUAUUUGUGACGUUAGACAUGCUAGAAAACGAAGGCCAACUUUGACUAUUAAAAAAGGCCUCUGGUAUAUGCCGCUUGAUCAUAAAAUCAAUAUAAAAUGGAACCUUGGCUUUUGUACUAACUUACUGGAAAGUUUUAGCUCUGGAAAUCAAAUACCAUCCUGACACCAAAGCAAGCGGUGAGAGCAAUUGAAUUGGGAAAUUUAUGCAAAUUAGACGGCUUGCGGACGGUUGUCAAACUAAAAAGAAAGGUUUUACAUGAAAGGAUUACUCACCAUUGCUUGUAACACGUUUUUACGGCAGGGAAAGUUAUUUCCAACUUCUGUUGCGUCGGUUUGAGUCACAAAAUCCAUAAUUUUAAGCCAAAAGGUCCAAAAGACAAACGUACAUUUGCUCAGCGACUGCGCCAGAAUCCGGCCGUGAAUCGAAAUAGAGUCACAACACGUCACUGCGGUCCUUUGGAAGCAAGAGUUGCAAGAGUUUUUACUUCAGUCAGGAGGCCAAAAGAUUGAAAAUUCAUCGCAAACUAAUGACGUCGAUUUUGAAAACCUUUCAUCACUUCAAUCGUUCGUCGGCUGAUAAUAAACAUCGCACAAGAUCGUAUGACCUUUGGCGUGUGACCGGAAAUCGGUCACACGCUUAAGUCACGUUAGCAUACUGUCACGAAUUUUAAUACGAUUUUUCACGUUUGCUUUCGACAAAAAAUAGACUCAUCGAAAUAAAAUCAGGCCUGCUUUAUUUGUUUGUUUGUUUUUUAAUUUCUUUUAUAGACUGCAGAACUUGUUCCCCAUGCAUCGCGCGUGUCUCGCACCCCCAGUCCGCUUCGCAGUGCUAGCAUGAAAAGCGCAAAAAACUGAAAUUGACUCCUGUUCUGCAGUUGAUUUCUUUUAUAGACACCUUCUAGGCAUUGACAGGCUGUGAAAAAAGUGUAUUUUUUUAAUCAUUAUUUUUUGAAGCGCUACAUCAUUUUCCUAUAAAUUUCAAACGUGACUGCUAAAAGACUGUUUGGAACCCAUGGAUGGAGAAAAGCUGUGCCGGAGAGAAGGUCAACCUCCCAGCCGAGCCAACUUUUGCGAGCGUUUGUAUGAGGAAAAAACUGACCACUUUGUCCGAGUCAACAGUGCUUGCGCAUGCUGUCUUUGUCUAGCCUUGACCGUGUCGUCCCAGCUAGCUGGGCGAGCCAAAGUGAAGAAAUAUUAGCCGGGCUAGAAGGGUGAGACCACCACUACCGGCUCAGUGGAGGGCUGACUUCCGGAAGCCCUCAACCCCGCCCACUACUGGUAGUAAGGCGUCUAUCCAAACCAACCUUUUGUUUCUCAUGUAAAUGGUUUACCAAGUUUUGUAAGGAAAUGGAGGAAAAGUUGGCUCACCCAGGGUAGCUUGGGAGGUGAAUAAACACCAGAUAACCCCAAUAAUAAGCACAAACUUUGAUUGUCAGUUAGAUGUCCACUAUUUAAGUAAGCGACCUGGCAUGUGAUUGUCGCAUCCAUGCCCCCUUCCAGAUCCCCUUUAUUAUCGGUAAACCUCUGAUAGGUCAAAGUAAUACAGUCGUACCUCCAGUAAGCGACCACCAAAAAUGCAAAGACUUAAUGGUCUCUAACGGGAGGUGGCCGUUUAGAAGAAUCUGACCACAUGGGGUCUAUUCCGAGAAGAGGUCCGGGCACAUUCUAUUAAAUGGCGGUGUAACAAAUUCCUGGCAAAAUAUUAUCUUUUACCUCUUUUGAAGAAUACAGCUUUUAAAUCAUGCUCAAUUUAAAGAGGGAUUCAGGUGAGUGAGAUAUAGAAUAGUCUAGAAUCACAACAGAAUCUUCACUUUGUUGGCUACAUCUACUAAGUAAGGAUAUGUGUAGUUCCACGAUGUCACUAAAGGUCUUCAUAUUUUCCAAGGAACAUAGUGCACACAGCAAAAAUAGAGAGCAGAGAAUGCGUCAACUGAUCGCUUAUGGAAAACAAUUAACCGUGACGCCCAAAACGUGGUCGCAGUCACUUACAGAAGGUCGUUUACUGGAGGUUAAUCCAAAUAUAAGGCUUUGAAUGGGAAAAUUUGGUCUUUUGGAUUGGCGGUCGCACAUGGAGGUUCGACUGUGUUAGGUCUAUUAGAGUAUGAGCCACCAUCACCUCACUGUGAGUGACGAGAGCCAGGAACGUAUAGUAUACACUCCCUUAGGAUGCACAGAAUCGUUGUUUUGAGGUCCUGUUUAGCGAAAUGGAUCAUUCAAGGGAGGUGCUGAAGUCCCAUAGUGAAAUUUAUAAGGUUUAUGGGUUUUUAGUGCAAGGCGAAACACAAUACUUAGGGCCCUGUUGUUCAAACGUUGAACAACAGGAAAUCACUAUCAAGCGAAUAAGAUGAAGCAAUUGCGUUACUUAUUGGAUAUAGAUUUAUCCAGGGGAAAACGUUAGUUCCGGGGGCGUUAGUCAACUUUUCGAACAUACAGCCCCUAAGUCAGUCUCCUCUCGCUGUAUGACAUUUGCAGACUGCAGACUGCACACUGCAGACCGCAGACUGCAGACUGCAGACUGCAGACUGCAGACUGCAGACUGCAGACUGCAGACUGCAGACUGCAGACUGCAGACCGCAGACCGCAGACCGCAGACUGCAGACUGCAGACCGCACACUGCAUGAGGCAGCAAGACUGUUAAUGAAACCAAAAAUAUUGUAAUAAAGGUGGCGUCAUCAUCAACAUUACCUUGUUCCGAGAAGUAAAGCCUAGAAGCAAAGUUUAUAUUUUUUAUGUAAAUUACACAGAUGUCAUUCCUAAAGGAGCUGUUGGCUGUUCUUUUUCUUUGAAUUAAAGCAGAAUAAUGUCUGCCGAUGUCACAAACUUGCUCAUGAUUCCAUAGCAACCGUCUAGCAAUUUAGCCUACACCACAGACGAAAUUAAACUACGGUUAUAUAAGUCUGUCUGAGAAACAGCGCCGGAAUCCUUAUUCUACGGGGUCCUCACCUGUGUACUUGAACUUGAGUAUGAGCAGUUAUUUUCCUAUUUAGAAAUUCAAAAUGCAGUUCUUGUAAUUCGUCGAGUCCAGGUAGGAUCUGUUCAUUUUAGAUUAUUUAGCAUAUCCCUGAAUACUGCUAAGAUGAAAUACGUCAUUUAAAAGGUGUUAAAAGUCCUUGAUCUAUCCUAGUUGUUUUUGUCGACGUAACUGUAGUGAGCACGAAGACUACUAUUUAGACAGGCAUUAGUGGGCAUUGCUACUUCUCAUUAUCAAUUCACAAUAAUCAAAGAAGAAUAAAGAAUCAACGCAACUAGUGAUAUGCCGGGUGAGUUGAGAAAGGGUCGAAGAAGAAUAGCCAGCAGCAUCUUGGGAAAGAGUCCAUUGUAACUUUGCGCAAAAAUAUCGACCAGGCUACUUUCUCACUUUCACACGAGGUUAUAUUUUUGAUGACGUCACCUAGCUUUAUUAGGAACAUUUUUGGUGUCAUUUAAUUUACAGUCUGCAAUCUGUGAUCUGCAGUCUGCAGCCUGCAGUCUGCGGUCUGCGGUCUGCGGUCUGCAGUCUGCGGUCUGCGGUCUGCAGUCUGCAAUCUGCAAAUGUCAUACACCGCUCUCCUCCGAAGACUUACCCUGGGCGACCUGGAUAGGGGAAUAUAGUACUCGACCUUCCUUGCAUCAUCGCGAGAGCCUAUAGCCUUCACUUUCUUUUGGCUCGUCCUAUAAUCCUACCCAACGUUCGUGGGACAGGAAAGUCUGCGUGCGAGGCUUGGGAAUCUAGGGAGACUAUGGUAGCAUGGUGCAAAUAGCCGGGAUGAGCUACUUUGUCCACACGAACCAAGAGGAUUGUGUCUGCUAGAAGAAAUCAGAUGUAGCUUUCUGUGAUAAGUAAUAUUCCAACAGUAUAGGAUCAUAGUUUGAAGCCAUUUCACAAUCACUAGUUUCCGCGCACCUCUACCGGCGAGUUGUGGACAAAAAGCAGCUGAUAGCUGUAUACGAACCUUUUUUCCACAAAAUGGUUUCUGUGUUUUCGUAUUCGACAGUGUCAUGUCUUGAUUUUUUUUUAAUCUUAAUCGAGGUCUUUUUUAUUAUGUACUGUCCAUCUGACUGACUGUUUCUUUGUGUUUUUUUUUUUUCUGGUAAUAACAGGUUUCAUAAUUUGGUCGCGGUUGCGGUUAUAGGCUCCUGAUCGUGAGCAAAUAGCGAAAAUCAAAGUAAACUAUAGCGUUGAAUCCGUUGGCCACGGAGAAUUGGUAUUAUUCUGCAAGUUCUUUACUACAGCAAGAGAGUAUACUCCCUUGACUAUGGGACAUUGGGCCGGGGGAACUUAGUAUUUUGACCCGGCAUAGGGGAGGAGGGGAGGGGGAGGGGGUACCCGUGCCAGAUUCCAAGUCACGGGGAUGAUCGAAGUAUGUUUUUUUCUUGUUUUGAAAAUAUUUUGAACAAAUUUUUUUUUAGCUGUGGCUUUACUUAAGUUUUCAAAUAUUCGUUCUUUUUUGGUCUUGAUUUUCGCUUCCACGGGUCACUCACGACACUUGGAAUCCGAGGUACCCGUCCUGUUUAGUACUUCGAAGGCAAAAAAGCUGUUUCAAAGCCUAGUAGGUAAAUAAAAGAAAAAAAGAUAUGCAUGGCUGUUUCUACUGCGAUGAGGGGAGUUCUUGUCAAAAAAUGUGAAAACUGUAUUAAAAUUGCUGACAACAGCUACGAAAAUUUCGUGACAGCAUGCUGACGUGACUAAAGCGUGUGACCAAUUUCCGGUCACCGGCCAAAGGUCAUACGAUCUUGUGCGAUGUUGUUAUCAGCCGACGAACGAUUGAAGUGAUGAAAGGUUUUCAAAAUCGAAGUCAUUAGUUUGCGAUGAAUUUUUAUUCCUUUUGCCUCCUGACUGAAGUAAAAACUCUUGUAACUCUUGCUUCGACGUGUUGGGACUUUCGAUUCACGGCCGGAUUCGGACGCAGUUGCUGAGCAAACGUACGUUUGUCUUUUGGCUAAAAAUUAUUUAUUUUGUGACUCAAAACGACGCAAAAGAAGUUGGAAAUAACUUUCCUUGCCGUAAAAACGUGUUACAAGCAAUGGUGAGUAAUCCUUUCAUGUAAAACCUUUCUUUUUAGUUUGACAACCGUCCGCAAGCCGUCUAAUUUGCAUAAAUUUCCCAAUUCAAUUGCUCUCACCGCUUGCUUUGGUGUCAGGAUGAUAUUUGAUUUCCAGAGCUAAAACUUUCCAGUAAGUUAGUACAAAAGCCAAGGUUCCAUUUUAUAUUGAUUUUAUGAUCAAGCGGCAUAUACCAGAGGCCUUUUUUAAUAGUCAAAGUUGGCCUUCAUUUUCUAGCACGUCUAACGUCACAAAUAUGACCUCUUUACACUUGUCGAUUAUAAAAAUGUAAAGCAUUGUUUAUCAAAUUUUCUUUUAGGAUUUUCAAGAGUAAGAACAAAAUAAUAAUUCGGUGAAGUUUCAAUGUCAGGGAAUGUUUCUUACGCGUUCACCCUUCUCUCGAAGUUGCCAUUGCAUCCUGCCGUGUUUUGUGCGAAAAACGAGCAUAAAAUCGAUUUUUCAAACUUUUCCUAAUUUCUCCUUUAAAAUGAAUCGUUUGAACCCAAAACUAUUUUUCCUUAAAUAAGGUCACUAAAAGGGAUGUUUUGGCAAAAUAAAAAAAAAUUCGAUUUUUUGACGAGUGUCGUGCGAUUCUCGAUUGUCUCAGAUAAUGGCUCUUAAGCAGCAAGGUUUUUGAGCGGUAAAUGUUAACCGGAAGUGGCCUUUUUGCACUCUUGAGCCGUGAUUUUGGACAAGUUUUUGGGCAAAUCGUCUUCCAUAAGAGUAAAGACACUUAGCAGUACAAAUUUGGUAGCGGCAAGAUAUAUUGAAAGCGAAAAACGCUCACUUGACGUGCGUGGUUUUAGAACGUCACUGCUUUAACACUCUAUUGUUAUGGAUUGACAAACCCAUUGUUAUUUAGUGAGGGUAUAAACCUUAAAACUGGAAACUUGCCUCAAGUUAAGGUCGUGCUGUUAUCCACUCGCAGAUGGCGGCAGAUGUAGUGUACCUUUUUGUCAACGUCUUCCGCAAACUGUAUCGAGUUUCGUUGACCUGCGACUCCGUUUUGCGAGGAUGUAAAGAUCAAGCUGCGCUUUAGGAAUAUUGGGAGUAAAAUCCCAGGCCCCGUCCAAACGAAUCCUUUUUGUCUUGAAACGGUCUUUUUUUGCACGUAUCAUUUUCGAAUCCUGUCCACGCGUAUCCCUUCCUGUUUAAAACUGGGCAUUCUUAUACGGAUUGGCCUUGAAUCGAUCUAUUCUUAUCCCGCGUGACGUUAGAUUCGGUAAUGUCAUCGCUUGCCGUUCCUGUGAGUCUCUUCGGACCUGUGUUGACGUAAGGUCAGUCGGCAAAAAAAAGGGAAAAAAAUCACUGAGUUUUGAAAAAAAAAAACGGGUACUUGUGGACGGGGCCUGAGAUUCUAGGGUACCAAAUUGAACGGUUUCCCGACGGACUAGCCUUCAAAUACAGCUGAAACGGGAACGUGCCCAGUGACGGGGAGUGAUAGGAGGCGACCGAAGGACCAGUAAACAAGUGAUUAGGUUUUGUACAUCUUACAUGACAACAAGGUAGCCGUGUAACGUUAUGGGUUUUGCAACGUGCUCUAAUCAGCGGCAUUUGGCGGGAAGCAGUUUCAGACGUCAUCUAACCUCCAAGGAACUAUUCCUCUGCGGAAAAUCCUCCCUCUGGGGGAAAUUUCUGCCAUAUAACAAUAAUACUUUUAUAACUGCUGCUGUUUCAGGAGAAAGGAACAGACGAGGUGUACAUGAGCUAUCUUAAAUCCGUACACCAGUCUUGUUGUAGGCGUGGACGAACACUACAGUUCUGGGCCAAUGCCCUUCACGAGGACCCUGAACAGUUGUGGAAUCUCCCCCCUGGCGUCAUAGCCAUGGAAUAUGGACAUACGGUACACUAGCCACGGUUAAUUAAACUCGUAUUCUGAGGUUGUAGUCGCGGGUGAUUUUCAGCGAUUUUUAACGGCAUUUCCUACCAUACUUUCAGGUUAGUCACGAUUUCCUCAAGUUCUGCAAACCAUUGGUCGAUGCUGGGUAAGUAUAAUGCAAGUUUUAUUAAUCUGGGUUUAUCAAGAAAAAUGUCGUGUAAUACAUGCCCAAAGAUUCAAGCGACUUUUAUAAGUUUAAGCCCUUUCCAUGUGUUCCCCCUUACAGUACCAAGAUAAUUUAAACUAUGAAGAUGUGACCAUCGCAGUUUUAAUCGCGAUUUAAGCAAUUGUAAAUUAAGCCCCCCAAAAAUGGAGGGCUUCGAAAGAAUUCGAAUUCAUGGCCUCUGCUUUAGCGCUUCAGUGUUCUACCAACUAAGCUAUCAAGACCCAUACAUUGAGAGCAGGCUCAAUUUAUUGACAUCAUCUUAACCUUUGAAAGGAGUGAAACAUGGAAUAAAGGUAAUGUAAACUUCAGGCUUAAUUUGAAAUUGAUUUAAUUACGAUCACAUCUGUGUUGGCCGUAUCUUUAUUUAGAUUUAUUUCAACUUUGUUUAUGCGAUUCAACUUUCAUUUUUACGUCGAGAGUUCCAUGGUAGCUUGUGAACAAGCCCUCUCAUGAGUCGUCCCAAGAGAGCUUGCUGACACCCUCAAUUUCAGUCCCAGUGUCGAGUGAAUUUGUUCAGAGGCAAUUCAUACUUAAGGUCACUUGGCCUCACCAGCGGGGUGAUUCCUGCUUUUUAUAUGGUUCCUGAUACAAAUACAGUAGAACCCCGGUAACUCUACCUCUGAAGGGAAACGAAAAACAGUUCGCGUCAGCGGAGAGUUCGAGUUAUUGGGGUAAAUGUCAGUGAAAUAUUGAUCAAGGGAAAGGAAAUUUAGUUGUAGUUAGCGAGAAAUUCGAGUUGUCCGAGUUCGAGUUUUCGAGGUUCCACUAUAUAACGAAUGAAUUUUAUAAACCUUACUUACCUGUCCAAUACUAAGAGAGGAACUUGAUUUCAUUUUCGAUCUCCAUGAGUCACCAAUUUCUCACUGAAUAUUUCUUCAUAUCUUGCAGUGUCAGCUUCUUUGUUUGUCCCGGGACUGGUUCAUGGAACAGGUAAUAUGAGAGCUUUAUUUGGAAUUAGAGCGCUAGGUAAUGGCCUAGUUCACCAAAGAGCGACCGAACAGUUGUUUCUGGGUUGUCGUGGCUUUCAAUCUCGUCAGUGGAUUUAAGGAACAUGGCCUGUUUGCUUCUCUUUGCAGUGCUUGUGGAAACUCAGUGGACAGUUUUACAGUGAUACACAAUGCGGUGCAAACGGCUGUUGCCUGCAAUGCUCUUGGUGUCCUCAUCUGUGAUUGGUCUUUACCUGGUCACGUGAAUCCUCUUAGCGUUAGUAUCCCGGCAUUGCUUGCGGGUGCCGGGCUAGCUUGGAAAUCAAGUGCGGAGUUGGUGAGUCGUAAUCUGAUUUGCAUUCUACUUUUUUUUUGUUUGUUAAUUUUUUCUUUAUUUUUUGCACAAGCACUACUACAUCUAUACCAAUAAAAUACUACUACUACAAGUACACAAAAUACACUUCCUACUAUACAUAAAUAAUGGCUGACACAAAGACUCUUUAGGUACAAUUACUACUAUAAAAUAGGAUACGAGUUUUUUUGCAUUUUAAUUCUCACUACCACGGCAGAAUAGCUGAAACUUUUCCCAUUUCAUUUUUGGCUAGGGUCUGCAAGGUUGAUUCGCUAAAAAGAUUUGUUGAAUGUUAAGUCGCCCAGUGUAGUGCUAGGGAUCUAGUAGGUCAAGUAGAUCCUCGAUAUAACGAACCGCUAUAUAACGAGGUCCUCUAUAUAACGAACGGCAUUCUCAGCCCCAGUGAAAGUAAAAUAUAUGGAAAGGAACCUCGAUAUAACGAAACCUCGAUUUAGCGAACGUAUUUGGCCAGUCCCUUGGCCCUUAAAUCUAGGUUCCACUGUGGAAUACGAGCCUUCUAUGGACAACUCUUGCCUUGCAGACCCCUCGCUACUGAGGGGAACCGAUUAUACGGACAGCAGUUAAUUCCACGACAAACUACAGACGUCUGACUGAAACUAACUUCCCUUAGGUCCCAACAGCACAAUUUCAUUUUUUUAACACUCGUUAUGAGGGCCUUGCUAACAGAGGUGUUUUUCUGUCGCAGUUUUAAGCAUGUACGAAGUCGCACCUCUGACAUUCACGUAGCUGGCUUUUUUAUUUCCAACCAGGCGAAUGAUAGUACAUGGCGCGAACGACUAUGUAAAUGUCAAAAACCAUGCUAGCAGGGUAGUUAUAACGAAAACCAUUAGGAAUGUUUCAAUAUUCAGCCGAACCAGUAAAUGCGAACUGCACCUCUAAUUGAAGAUCCCCAUUAUCUUACAUGGUCUAGCUUGAUGUUCUGUGUAUAUUCAGAGUCAAAAUAUAAAGUUUGAAGUAAAUAAUUAUAUUGUUUUGUUUCAGUCAAAAGUGCGCUCCUCUCUUGCCGAUGUUUUAAGUCGUCACGUGUUCAUGGACGCAUCCGGGUCAUUUGGCCGUGCACUCAUUGACCUGGGCUCGACUCACUCAGUGGUGCUUCAGGACGAAGCCGUGCAAGCAGGUGUCACCUCAGACAGCAGCAGGGUACACCCAGUCGCGCAUGCUCCGGGAGGCACGCUGCUGUGGCACAUUUUGGAGAGUAAAGGUUCAUCUGAACUAGAAAAUGUAACGUCUAGCAGUUUACAGGUACGUGGAUUGGUGCAAUCAACGUUUGAAAAGAAUAGACCAAUGUACCAUUUCCAGGUUCUAAAAACUCUCACAUUCAAAACGAGGAUAAGUGCAAGACCUUUCUCGUGAAAAUGACUUUUAUUUGCUUGAGAAUGAAAAAAUGAUUUUCAUAUCAAUACCUUCGCACUUAACCUCACUUUAAAAUAAAGUCUUGGGGCAUCUUAGAAAUGGCAUAUUUCGAUGAUAUGAUGAUUAAGAUUCGAGGCUUCCGAAAGUAAAGCAAAAGAAAUUUACUAUUCAUCUCUGUACUUGAAAGUGAUUCCUUUGCCUUUUAUUCCUUUAAGUCUAGGAGCCAAGUAAGAAUUUUUUAUGUAUAUCAAAUAUCGAAAGGGGCUAAAAUUAAUGGAAUCCCUCAGGGGGAGGUCGGACAUCUCAUGACGCCUACACAAUGUAGCGUAAGCUUGCGGUGAUUGGUGUUGGGUAAGAAAGUUGAGGAUGUUUCCUGCAGCAGUGCAUAGUCGUCAUAAGGUAUCCGACCUCAGUAGUCGCGACUACUUUGAAAUGCUAGCUAUUUGAAGUGGGUUAUUUCUAAAGAGUGGAUUGGGAUACUUAGGGAGAGGUUAGAUCCUAAAGGAAAUAUGGUUUGUAGUGAUUUUCGAACUUUCGCGUGCUCCUUGUAAUUUAACUUGCACACCUAAUGUGAAAGAAAUUACGCGAAAUUUAAUCAGUUGACGUGUAGCUUUGGUUUUAGAAGCGGAAAUUAAAAUCUGGAGGUUUUCUUAUUCACCUGUUUUCUGUAAGAGUUUUUAAAAGUUACCGAAAAAAAUGAUAUGGGGUUGUUCUUUGAAGUACGCUCUGACCAUGAAUGCCAAAUAAUCUGGUGAACAACACCACCGUAACCGCAGUAGGGAUGGGAACUGGAAAAGUGCACGGAAAAAUGUCCAGUAAUGCUAACGACAAAUAGUCUCCCACGAAACUGUUCUUUGCCUCGUCACUAGACUGCUCGCAGUCCACCUUUUCUCUUAAAAUCCGUCUAGUUCUUAUCUCAGUCAGCGCGAUUACAAACCACGACGUUACAGUAAGGGAUUGGGAUUCCUAACUAGGAUCAUGAUCGGACUAAGAUUUGACAAUAUAGAAGAUGUAGCCAGAACAUCUUCAGUGCUGCACUGCGGCACGCGGCUUCGCUCCUCGCGUGCUUGGGGUUUUGCGUCACUAAAUUGAAAAAGAAAGAAUAUAAGGGACUGCUCGCAGUCUAUCUCGUCACAAGCGUUGUGUAGGAGGCUACGAAAGACUUUUUUAUGAAUGAUUUAACCCUUUGAUACCCGUGAGUGAGCAAUGUCAAUUUUCUCUCAACAACACUAAACAUCAUCAAGAGAUAAGGUUACACGGGAAAUUAAUGAAUGAUCACUAAAAGGAAAAUGCUUCGAUCUUUUAUCAAAUUCUCUUAACUAGUUAUUUAAGGGAUUGUGUGGAGAUCAGCAUGGAGAAUUUGUAUGUGAAUAUUGGCGCUUAAAAUGUUAUGAAAUCCACGCAAGUGUUCUAACUUUGUUGCUUUAUUUUGGACGUUAGAGGGCCUUGCGCCAAAUUCGCCAGUGCCACAAGUCCUUCAUAGCUGCUGAACUCAAGUGCAAACAGAAAGCGGAUAUUGUCAAGGAACUCGUCGUAUUGGUGGAUAUCUUACUGUUUGUGACCAGGUUACUUAUAGUUCAAUACUUUCUGAUUUAUUUUGGUUAAUUGAACAAAGAAGGAAAAAGAUCAGGGCCGAGUUGUUCAAAGCUGGGUUAAGAUAACCCAGGGUUAGCGCGAGAGUUUGAAUUCAGAUAUGAAAGCUUAAAAGGCAUUUCAGUUCUUUUUGUCUACAAGUUGAUGAUUGGGAGCUCUAAAAAUAGCACAGAAAGCCAUCCGAGAAAAUGCUUUUGAACACAAGAAAAAGAAACCCAGGUUAAAUUUAACCCCGGGUUAAGCGCUAAUCGGCCUUCGAACAACUGGGCCCAGGGGUGCAUUUUUAGAAAUUCUAAUUGAAAAUUGAGAACUUCGUUCUGAUUUACACUUCCCUUGGUUUCAGUCAGGCGCUACGCAUAUUCGCGCCUAUUUAAGAUUUUCACUCGAUUCAGAAGUAACGAAAAUGGUAGCUGUUUACUAUUAACGUGGGCUAACCGCUCGGUUCACGGUUAAGGCAAAUGGUAAACGAAAUUCAAAAUUGGAAAAUUCCGCUCGGGAAACGCUUUAACUAUUUGCACAAAACAGUGCCCUUAGUUACCGAAAAAUGGCCACAAAAGGCCGAGUUUUUGGAACUUUCCGACUGGGGAAACAGGACUUCCUUUUUAGACGUUCCGUUUGUUAAUUUCCAUGUGAACAAUCCGAAAAGUUGUGUUCCAUUUACGUUUGUAAAUUAGCUGUCAAUUCUGUAGGGAGUGGAUAAAUCGCAAACCAUGAUGCCUUUAGGCAACCCAAACGACUGUCAAAUGGUUAGCACCACAGAGAUACCUUGAAAAGAACAGACGUGGGUCAAGGCGCGAAAAAUCACGGGAACGCUUGCCUUGUAGCCGGUCCUUUUGCAGUCGUGCCAUGACCUGAAACUUAUUAGAAACCUGAAUCUGCAUUAUUCAAACUGCUCCACAAACAGGUCAUUUUGUUGCAGAAUAUCAGCUAACUGGACUCUGUUAUUGUCGCAGGAUUUGCCGGCUGCUCCUCUUGAACCGCAAACAGUCGAGUACUACUUCGUCCCUUGAAGAUUUACCUGUUAUCAAUAAGACCGACUUAGCUAACAAGUAGGUGUUUAUUCCUACGUUAUUUUCUUUAUCUCUGUGCUUUGUUUGUUGGUUUGUUUGUUUUGGGAUGCUUAGAAUUUUGCAUCCCUUGUUUAAAUAGAGACCUUAAGCUACACCGUGUACUGGUGCGGGUAAAUUACCCGUACGCGUAGCCGUAAAUACGGGUAGAUGGUCUCUUAUCUACGGGAAACGGGUAGGCUUCCGGGUGGAACGAUAACGCUGUUAUCUGAUUGGUCGCCAUCUAUAAAACUACGCGGCAAAAUGGCCGCCUACCCGUACCUGUAGGGAGAAACAGUGCAUCUUAAGGUCACUUAUGUCCCGUUGCCUAAUUUGGCUUCCCCUGGGGAAGGAAGCUUUUGCGAAGCCUUGAAGAGGGUGUUAUUGCGUUAAUGCGUUUCCCGUGGCGUUUGUAGCUUAGUUAUUUUGCCGUUUUUCAGGUUGUUAGCACUUGUGGAAGUGUACCAGAAGGCAUACCUUUUGCGUAACAAGCAAGGUGGAUUGUUUAGCGCUGUACAGCUGCUGCGAAAUUUCCUUCAACAUCUGCUUCCCGAAAAUGAAAAAUGACCGCGAAUAUCUCUGCUCAAUUCGAAAUUUAAAUUUAGUGAAAUGCCCUAAUUUCUCGUCGCGGUAUAACCGAGAUUCUGUGACCUUGUUCUCAUAGAGCCCUUCCAACUUUUCCUCAGGUAAAUCAUUUUGUCAGGUCCUAUUGUAAUGGCCGUUUUCACAAGAGAGACUGAUUAUCCGUCUGAGACGG